CUCCCUCUCCGGGCUACACAGCUCAUGCCUUCCUGUUAGUCCGAGCUGGGAGAAGUUCACUCCGAUCAGCUGAUCCCAACUGACAACAGGAAAGGGGGAAGCCGGCGCGGCGGCGGAGGAGGAGGCGGCGGAGAUGGAGAUGAGGAUGGAUUCCCCGGCGCCCUGAGGGUGUCCCCUAAAAUACUGACUUGAGGUUGAAUUAUUCUGAAAAGCUCCUGACCACUUCAUUACCAACACACUGUGGCUGAGGCCCUGCACGUUAGCCCACGUCCGUAACGCCACACCCUUCUCAGAUUGCCAUCAAAGACUUCCAAAUUCAUUUUGACUAUAUCUUUGUCUGCACUUUACCGAAGAUGAAACCGUCAGACCAAGCCAACACUGCUGCUGAUACGAGAGUUUGAGAAGCAGAAAAUUAAAAAUCUGAGUAUUUGUGCAUGUGUGAAGGAUUAUAAUAGGACUGUUUUUCUUUCUUAAGGAGUUCAGAUCCCUGUGGAAGUGUUGUGCGGUCUUUGGACUCAGGGCCGCUUCCUUCAGCCUUGGGGCGAGCUCGGUGACUCUUACAUGGUGGGUGUGCUUCCUCAGCAGUGUGCGUUAUGAGUGCCCAGACCUCCCUGCCAGAGAAGGGCCUGAACCCGGGGCUGAUGUGCCAGGAGAGCUACGCCUGCAGCGGGACGGACGAAGCUGUGUUUGAGUGUGACGAGUGCUGCAGUUUGCAGUGUCUGCGCUGCGAGGAGGAGCUCCACCGGCAGGAGCGCCUGCGAAACCACGAGCGCAUAAGACUGAAAGCCGGCCAUGUCCCUUACUGUGACAUCUGCAAGAGCCCCAACGGGCAUUCUCCAGGAGUUAGGCAGAGGGCAUUUGUGAGGUGCCAGAGCUGCAAAAACAACCUGUGCCUGGAGUGCCAGAAGAGAACUCAUUCUGGGGGCAGCAAGAGGAGACACCCCAUUACCGUGUACAAUGUCAGUAGGAUCCAGGAGUCCCUGGAGGCGGAGGAGAUGGACGAAGAGACCAAGAGGAAGAAGAUGACUGAGAAGGUCGUGAGUUUCCUCCUAGUAGAUGAAAACGAAGAGAUUCAGGUAACAAAUGAAGAUGACUUUAUUAGGAAGUUGGACUGUAAACCCGACCAGCACCUGAAGGUGGUUUCCAUUUUUGGAAAUACUGGUGAUGGAAAGUCUCAUACCCUCAACCACACUUUCUUCUAUGGCCGUGAAGUCUUCAAAACCUCCCCUGCCCAGGAGUCCUGCACUGUGGGUGUGUGGGCAGCCUAUGACCCCAUCCACAGAGUAGCAGUGAUAGACACGGAAGGGCUCCUGGGGGCCACCGUGAAUCUAAGCCAGAGAACACGGCUGCUGCUGAAGGUCCUGGCCAUCUCAGACAUCAUCAUCUAUCGAACUCACGCAGAUCGGCUGCACAAUGACCUCUUCAAAUUCCUUGGAGAUGCCUCGGAAGCUUAUCUGAAGCACUUCACCAAGGAGCUUAAGGCCACCACUGCCCGCUGUGGCCUGGACGUGCCCUUGUCCACCCUGGGCCCCGCAGUUAUUAUUUUCCAUGAGACUGUGCACACUCAACUCCUGGGCUCUGAUCACCCCUCCGACGUGCCGGAGAAGCUCAUCCAGGACCGGUUCAGGAAGCUGGGCCGCUUCCCCGAGGCCUUCAGUUCCAUUCACUACAAGGGCACGAGGACUUACAACCCCCCCACCGACUUCUCCGGGCUCCGGCGUGCUUUGGAGCAGCAGCUGGAGAACAACACCACCCGUUCCCCUCGGCACCCCGGCGUCAUCUUCAAAGCCCUGAAGGCGCUGAGCGACCGCUUCAGCGGUGAAAUUCCCGAUGAGCAGAUGGCGCACAGCUCCUUCUUCCCGGACGAGUACUUCACCUGCUCCUCCGUGUGCCUCAGCUGUGGGGUUGGCUGUAAGAACAGCAUGAACCAUGCAAAGGAAGGGCUGCCGCACGAGGCCAAGAGCCGCUGCAGUUACUCCCACCAGUACGACAACCGCGUGUAUACCUGCAAGGCCUGCUAUGAGAGAGGCAAGGAGGUCAGCGUAGUGCCCAAGACCUCUGCUUCCACCGACUCUCCCUGGAUGGGUCUCGCGAAAUACGCCUGGUCCGGGUACGUGAUCGAAUGCCCUAACUGUGGUGUGGUCUAUCGGAGCCGGCAGUACUGGUUUGGGAACCAAGACCCUGUGGACACGGUGGUGCGGACGGAGAUUGUGCACGUGUGGCCCGGAACCGAUGGGUUUCUGAAGGACAACAACAAUGCUGCCCAGCGCCUGCUGGACGGGAUGAACUUCAUGGCUCAGUCGGUGUCCGAGCUGAGCCUUGGGCCCACCAAGGCUGUGACGUCCUGGCUGACAGACCAGAUCGCGCCGGCCUACUGGAGGCCCAACUCCCAGAUCCUGAACUGCAACAAAUGUGCGACGUCCUUUAAAGACAACGACACUAAGCAUCACUGCCGGGCCUGUGGGGAGGGCUUCUGUGACAGCUGCUCAUCCAAGACGCGGCCAGUGCCCGAGCGAGGCUGGGGACCUGCGCCCGUGCGGGUGUGUGACAACUGCUAUGACACGAGGAAUGCCCAGUUAGAUAUUACCGAGGCACAGGCAGAUGAAGAAGGUGGAACGCUCAUUGCUCGGAAGGUGGGCGAGGCUGUGCAGAACACGUUGGGAGCCGUGGUGACCGCCAUUGACAUACCACUAGGCCUGGUGAAGGAUGCGGCCAGGCCGGCGUACUGGGUGCCUGACCACGAGAUCCUGCACUGCCACAACUGCCGCAAGGAGUUCAGCGUGAAGCUCUCCAAGCACCACUGCCGCGCCUGCGGCCAGGGCUUCUGUGACGAGUGCUCCCACGACCGCCGGGCUGUCCCCUCUCGAGGCUGGGACCAUCCUGUCCGAGUCUGCUUCAACUGCAAUAAAAAACCCGGUGACCUUUAACCCCAGCUCCUCCACGAGUCCUUCACAAUUCCUUAGCUUCUCAGGGUUAGACACUGAAGUCUCAUUGAGGUAGGCUCUCCUCCCGGCCACCUGUGGUGUGUCCCUUCCUCCUCUUGUCUAGGGCCACUUUCCCGAGGUGAGGGUGAGCCUGGCGGCAGGCCCGAAGACAUAAGCCCCUCAGGCCGGGCGUGGACUGAGCAGCCCUGCGGCAAGGGGGAGUGAACCUGAAUGCAUUGCGUUUAUUUCAGUUAAAAAUAUCAAAAGGUCCGUCUCCAUAGUACAUGUGAAAGGACCUUGCAGUGUAUGAGGUUGCUGCUGGCGGCUGCGACACACCCUGGUCUGUCCCCAGCACAGCGAUCAGGUGGCUGUGGCAGCAGGACAGCUCCACAAAAGGGAGCCAGAUGCCCUCGUGUUGCUGCUUCUGAGUCUGGGCGGCCUCCUUUCCCCUCCCGCCCCUCAGCUGCCUAGGCCGAGAGCUGCCGUCCCUGCUGCUUCCUGGAAGGGAGUUCCACUUGGGCCCUUGGGGCGUUGGAGCCCAGCUCUUGGUUUAAUCUUGUUUUAGUUGAGACCACUCGGCUCCGUGUGCAGGGCCCUGGAGUGUGCUGAGGGUCGGAGGUUGGGUCCUCAGCCCUGCGACGUGGACGUGCAGUGGCUGCGUGGUUCCUCAUGCGGAAUGUGGAAGGAGCCGGGCCUUCCCAGCAGCAUUUCCUGCUUGACGCUUGUCUCCACGAGGCCUUCCUAGAAGGCUGCACCCUGCUUCUAAAUUAAAGCACCUGCACCGUC